CUUAUUUCAACCGCCUCUGCUCAGUGCAGGUGCUCAAUGCUUUCCUUUCAUCGAGUGGAUUGUUGAGAUUUUCAAUCAAUCAUGGACUCACACUGGAAUCUCGGCCACGAAUUCGCUGCAUGGGAGGCGGCCGGAGUGCCGCCGGAGUACUCUGGAGACCCGAAACCUAUCCACCUCUAUCCUCUCUCCAAUUCCAAGAGAAGCCGCCGGGCUGCCCAGAAGAAGGUGGUGUCGGUCCCCGUGGGCGACGCAGAGGGAGUCCGUGCCGGCGAGGCGUUCCCGCCCUCGGACUCGUGGUCUUGGAGGAAGUACGGACAGAAGCCCAUCAAAGGUUCCCCCUUUCCCAGGUGCGCGUCAGUUUGAAGAAAUCGAGGCUUGUUUUGUUGUGCCUGAUUGGAUUUAGGGGCGGGCGAUGCAGAGGCUACUACCGGUGCAGUAGCUGGAAGGGUUGCCCGGCGCGGAAGCAUGUGGAGCGCGACCGGCUCGAUCCUGGCGUGCUCCUCGUCACCUACUCUUUCGACCACAAUCACCCCUGGACUAAUCCUACGGCCGGCCGCAGCCGCCUCCACCACAAGCAAAAGCCUCAGGCAGCGGAUCCCCAUCCUCCGCCGAUGAAGGGGGAGGAGGAAGAUCCCGGGACACUACCGGUGGCCGAUGCCGAAGACGGGUUCCGGUGGUUCUCCGACAUGGCCUCCCCUUCCUCCACCUCCGCCUGCUCUGAUGAACUCCUCUUCGGUUCCAUCCUCUUCGACGGGAUCGAAACAGCGGCGGAAGGGGAGGCUGACGAGAGGACGGAGGCGGCUGGGGAGGAAGGGGAGGACGCGAUGUUCGCGGAGCUGGAAGAUCUGCCGGAGUACUCGCUGGUGCUCCGCAGGGGACAGGCGGCGCCGUCGUGGAUCAGACCAACCGGUUAAAUAUUGGCCGUUGAUUGCGGCCAGGCAAUUUCUUAGCGGCGUGUGAUCGGCUUAAGUUAUCUGGGUUUCUGACGUAUGCACAAAUCCCCCUCCCUUUGGCCUUUGUUACUUUUUUUUUUAAUUUGACUUGACUUGUCCUAUUUUCGUGGGUACUUCGCGAAUUUGAAAAAUAAUUAAAAAACACUGUUAAAUUAGUGGUGUAUUUAUUUGUUACCCGUGUUUAUAUAUCUAGGGCAUGAGA